GCCGUCCAACUGGGCUUCUUCCCAAACCAUACCUCCCCCAAAACCCUAGUCUCGCUCGGAGGCAGCCAGCCGCCGCCGCGUAUCCCCGACCGCCGUAGCAUCAGAAGCAGCUCGACGUUUCAAGCCGAAAUCCCCCGUCGCAGAACACCACAACCCGCGUCGACUGCUCGAUCAAAGAGAGAGAGAGAGGACAAGAUCAAGAUGACGCAGAAGCAGACCAUGUUCAAGGGGCAGACCAAGAAGAAGUCCGCCCCUCCCAGCCGCCACGGCAAGGCGCCCCACAUCCGCAAAGGGAAGAGGGUCGUGAAGCCGACCAAGUUCACCAAGGACAUGGACGCCGACAAGGACCUCACAAAGUUCAUAAACCACGCCAAUGAAAUAAAAGCUGCAAAUAAGGCUAGCAAAGAUGGCGGCGACCUCAGCAUAGUGAAAGGCGAUGCGGAUACUUCCAAUUCAAAGCAGUAGGCUGGACGCUAAUGAUGCUUGCUGCGGUGCACAAUACAAGAUGAGUGUGUGAAAUGAUCCGUACAAGAUGUUCUCCUGAAGAAAUCAAACUGCGUUGAAGUGAUGGGUAGGAGAGUAUGCUUAGUUAGUCUCAAAUCAUAUUGUAAUCUGUAACCAGUUUUCUGCAAAUCCUCUAUAUAUCCGUUUUUGAUGCUGAAUUUAUCUAUGGCUAAUGAAUGACCUGGUUGUAAUAUAUUGUUAUCAGAAUAAAGUUCGUUCGUUUUCUGGACUA